AUGGUACACGGUGUGUUUGUGUAUCUGCUUUCUGUGUGUGGAGUCCUUCCAGCAGCUCUAACAGCAGUGAUCCAAACACAGCAGACUGUGCUGGCAGCAGUGGGAGAAGAUGCUGAAUUCAGCUGUCAGCUCUUGGAGACUAAAGACGUCCUUCAGGUCACAUGGCAGAAAAUCUCACCUGCUGUGCAGGAUAAUGUUGCCACCUACAACAAGUACUUUGGUCAGAGAGUGAAUGCUGGAUAUAAAGAUAAAGUUGAAUUUAAAUAUGCUGGACUACAGAACUGCUCCAUAGUCAUCAAGAACGUGACGGAGCAGGAUAAAGCCUGCUAUCUCUGUCUGUUCCAUACAUACCCUGAAGGCUCUCUGACAGGAAGAACCUGCCUCCAAGUGUAUGCUCUAACAGCAGUGAUCCAAACACAGCAGACUGUGCUGGCAGCAGUGGGAGAAGAUGCUGAAUUCAGUUGUCAGCUCUUGGAGACUAAAGACGUCCUUCAGGUCACAUGGCAGAAAAUUUCAGCUGAUGUGGAAGUGAAUGUUGCCACCUACAACAAGUACUUUGGUCAGAGAGUGAAUGAUAGAUUUAAAGAUAAAUUUAAGUUUAAAUAUACUGGACUACAGAACUGCUCCAUAGUCAUCAGGAAUGUGAUGGAGCAGGAUGAAGGCUGCUAUCACUGUCUGUUUAACACUUAUCCUGAAGGCUCCUUCAUUGGUAGAACCUGCCUCCAAGUCUAUGAGCUGCAUAAACCUCUUCUUGAUGUCAGAGAGUCAAACUCUCCUGCAGAGUGGGUUGUUUCCUGUUCAGCGACUGGUCGACCUGCUCCCACUGUAACACUCAGUGUCUCACAACAACACCUCAACUUCUCCCAGUACAACACUGUCAGUGUGUCCAACACCAACGCUACAUUCACUGUCACCACUACAGCUGUGCUCUCAGGUUCACGGAGAAACAGCACACAGGUGGGAUGUGCAGCACGAGUGCUCUCUGCUCCUCAGAUAGAGGUCAUUCAGGUCAUUCCUGAGGUCAAACAGACGUCUGAUGAUCGUGAUGCCGAUUUGACGUGGAUCAUUGUGUUUGGUGUGGUGAUCUGUGUUUGUGUUGCUGUUGUUGUUGUCAUCAUAUGUAAAAACAGGAAAAGGCGCUCUGAAAUGAACGAGGUGACCUGAUCUGCAAUCAAACACAGAGAUGACUGAGAUAUUUGUCAUAAUGUUAUUAGAAACACUGUGGUUUUCGAUGUUUUACUGAAUCUGAUGCAAAUUGGCUUUAUUGUAUGUGUGUCUAGUCAACAAGUGAUCAUCGUGUACUUAAUAUACUGUAUUCACGACUUACUGUAGCAAGUGUGGUAUAUGAAGUACUGUCAUAAUGCAGAAUAAACUGCUGUAACAUUUUCAUAAUUACCAGAAAUGCAUUUUAUCAAAUGGAACAAGAAAAUCAGCCAAAUGUCUUUUUUUUAUCAUUUUAAUAUUGUCGGCGCUGUUUGUGGGUUAUUUUUAAUUUUUGUAUUAAAAUCCUGAGUUUAGAUUUUGCUAAGGAUAAGUUUAUAGUUUAUUUUUCUUUAUGUAAAUUUGAGUUCAUUUUUUGGGUUUAUGGCUGAGCAGGUGUGCACUUAAGUAGGUCAAGUGUGAGGGGUUAUGUGUUUUUUUUACCAGGCGACUGAGCGGC